AUGUCUUCUAAGCGGAAUCCCAAGGAAGCCAGUGUCGAGGAUCAAGAGUUGUCGGCGCUGUUCGCCAACUCAGAUACCCCUGGGGUCUCUGAUGCGCUUGAUAAACUUGGGAUUCCCAGACAGGCGUUCAAUAUCAUGCCUUUGACUGAUUACAAAGAUGUCACGGUUGGACCGGCUUACACUGUGCGUUACGUUCCUGCCAGCAACCCACCGGGAAGUGUUGGAGAUUUCAUCGACGACGUUGCCAUGGGUGAUGUUGUAGUCAUCGACAAUGGUGGUCGCACUGAUUGUACCGUUUGGGGCGAUAUCAUGACUCAGUACGCUGGUCUGCGAGGCAUUGCUGGAACUGUCAUUGAUGGUGUGUGCCGCGAUGUGACCCGUGCGAUCCAUGAUGAGUAUCCGAUCUUCACUGCUGGGCGUUGGAUGCGAACUGGUAAAGAUCGUGUUCAGGUUGGGGGCGUCAACGAAUCAAUUGGUAUUGGCAAAGUUCGUGUUCAGCCUCGUGAUAUCGUUGUUGCCGACGCAAACGGCGUCGUCAUUGUUCCGCGAAACCGAGCUCGUGAGGUAGCUGAAGUCGCACGAAAGAUCGACAAGAGCGAGGAUGGCAUCCGGGAGUUGAUCGCGGGAGGAGCCUCAAUCACCGAGGCGAGAGAAAAGCUUGGUUAUCACACGCUGCAGCGCAAGGGUUAA